AUGUCUUCAAUAAAUGAUGAUGAUGAAGAAGAAACAAAUUCCCAAUUUUUCGAUCAUUUUAUUGAAGGAGACGAAUGGACUUUUCAAGUAAAAAUACCUGUUUCUCUAGAACGCCCAAACGGUUUAUGUGGUAAAAGAUUACCAAAUUUAGAAUCUAAAGGUCAAACAGAGAUCAGAGAUAUGUUUGCUUGUGGACGAAAUAAUGACGGUAUUGAGUUACUUGAUAAUCUGGGAAUGUAUAGGGAAGUUUGGACCAAAGAAAAGGAAAAUAUCCUUGAAUUUUUUUCACAA